GCUGGGCGGGGGGGCCCGCGCCGCGCCGCGCCGUGCCGAGCCGCGCCGAGCCGCGCCGCCCGCCCCUCGCCGGCGCCGCGGAGGAUGCUCGGGCCGUGAGCCCCGGCAGCCGCGGAGCGCCGCGGAGCCAUGGGCAAGGACCAGGAGCUGGUGCAGGCGGUGAAGGCGGAGGACGUGGGCGCCGUGCAGAAGCUGCUGCAGAGGCCCAAGCCCGGCAAAGCCAAGCUCCUCGGAUCAGCAAAGAAAGUCAACGUCAACUUCCAGGACACCGACGGGUUCUCCGCCCUGCACCAUGCGGCGCUCAACGGGAACACGGAGCUCAUCGCCCUGCUGCUGGAGGCACAGGCCGCCGUGGACAUCAAGGACAAUAAAGGGAUGCGGCCCCUGCACUACGCGGCGUGGCAGGGCAAGAAGGAGCCCAUGAAGAUGGUGCUGAAAGCGGGCUCCUCGGUGAACAUCCCCUCGGACGAAGGGCAGAUCCCCCUGCACCUGGCAGCGCAGCACGGCCACUACGACGUGUCCGAGAUGCUGCUGCAGCACCAGUCCAACCCCUGCAUCAUGGACAACUCGGGCAAGACGCCGCUGGACUUGGCCUGCGAGUUUGGCCGGGUCGGGGUGGUCCAACUGCUCCUGAACAGCAACAUGUGCGCGGCCCUGCUGGAGCCCAAGCCCGGCGACGCCACCGACCCCAACGGCACCAGCCCCCUGCACCUGGCGGCCAAGAACGGCCACAUCGACAUCAUCCGGCUGCUGCUGCAAGCCGGCAUCGACAUCAACCGGCAGACCAAGGCGGGCACGGCGCUGCACGAGGCCGCCCUGUGCGGCAAGACCGACGUGGUGCGGCUCCUCCUGGACAGCGGGAUCAACGCCCACGUCCGGAACACCUACAACCAGACGGCGCUGGACAUCGUCAACCAGUUCACCACCAGCCAGGCCAGCAAGGAGAUCAAGCAGAUGCUGCGGGACGCCUCCGCCGCGCUGCAGGUCAGGGCCGUCAAGGACUAUUGCAACAACUACGACCUGACCAGCCUCAACGUGAAAGCGGGGGACGUCAUCACCGUGCUGGAGCAGCACGCGGACGGGCACUGGAAGGGCUGCAUCCACGACAACCGGACCGGCAACGACCGCGUGGGCUACUUCCCCUCCAGCCUCGUCGAAGCCAUAAGCAAGCGAACAGGUUCAUGGGAGACUGUAACAAUCCCCCAACAGUACCAAAAGAUCCCGCUCCCGGCUUUCGGGGCUGCUGUGCUAAACGGUGACGCCUCGUCCCAUCCGUUCCAUUCCCUGCCUCCACCUCCACCUCCACCACCACAUUCCCAUCAGACUCUUUUCAGUUCCUUUGGCUAUCGCAGGCUCUCCCCUAGCAGUGCCGACGAGCCGCGUUACGGACCAGGUUCCCGCGGGGCCGACGUGAGCCCGUCGCACCUCUCGCCCUCGCAGGGCGGCUCGGCCGCCGCGCCGGCGCCCGCCGAGGAGAUCUGGGUGCUGCGGAAACCCUUCGCAGGUGGCGACCGGAGCAGCCUGGGCAGCACGGGCAGCGCGGCCAGCGCCCGCAGCUCGGGCAGCGGGCAGAGCGCCGGCAGCGGGGCGCACGCCCUGCACGCCGCCUCCGAGGGCGUCAAGCUGCUGGCGACGGUCCUCUCCCAGAAGGCUUCUGCGCAGGAGAGCUCCGUGGGCGAUGGGCCGGCCAAGGCGCAGGACGUCCCCGCAGGUUCGUCGCGGACGCAGAGCGUGGCCAGCUCCCCGUACGCCCCGCAGCCCCCGGCCGAGCAGCAGCUGAAGAAGAUGGAGCCGGUGUCGGAGGGGAAGAGCUCGGAGGCCGUGUACCAGUGGCUGUGCAAGUUCCAGCUGCAGCUCUACGCGCCCAACUUCAUCAACGCCGGCUACGACAUCACCACCAUUAGCCGCAUGACGCCGGAGGACCUCACGGCCAUCGGCGUGACCAAGCCGGGGCACCGCAAGAAGAUCGCCUCCGAGAUCAACAACCUCAACAUCCCCGAGUGGCUCCCGGAGUACAAGCCGGCCAACCUGGCCCUGUGGCUCUCCAUGAUCGGCCUCUCCCAGUACUACAAGGUGCUGGUGGAGAACGGCUACGAGAACAUCGACUUCAUCACGGACAUCACGUGGGAGGACCUGCAGGAGAUCGGCAUCACCAAGCUGGGCCACCAGAAGAAGCUGAUGCUGGCGGUGAAGAAGCUGGCGGAGCUGCAGCGGGCCGAGUUCGGCAAGUACGAGUCGGGGACGCUGAAGAAGAAGGGGCCGCCGCCGUCGCCGGAGGUGCUGGCCAUCGAGUCGCCGCCCCCGGAGCCGCCCGAGUGCCAGUCGCCCAAGAUGACCACCUUCCAGGACAGCGAGCUCAGCAACGAGCUGCAGGUGGCCAUGACGGGCUCGGGCGAGGGCCCCGAGGAGCCCCCCGAGAAGCAGGCCAACCACGUGGGCCACGGGCGGGAGGCCUCGGGCUACCGCUCGCCCUCGGGCCGGCACGCGCCGGACAGCGGCCUGGGCAGCCGGGCCAAGCACAUGAGCAGCUCACAGGAGCUGCUGGGCGACGGCCCCAAGGCGCCCAGCGCCGCCAUCUCCAAGAGCCAGGAGUACCUGGCGGAGGAGGCCAAGGAGGGCCCCCCCGGGCCACCCAAGGAGGUCCGGCCCCUGCGGCACGGCCACACCGUCAAGCGGGCCAGCGUGCCGCCGGUGCCCGGCAAGCCGCGGCAGUCCCUCCCGCCCUCGGCCGCCGGGCGCUUCACGCCGCCGCAGACCCCCACCAAGCCGCGGCCCGCCUCGCCCCAGAGCCUGCUGGUGCCCCACGCCACGGCCAAGGUGAAGCCCACGCCGCAGCUGCUGCCGCAGGCCGAGCGCCCCGUGUCGCCCCGCUCGCUGCCCCAGUCGCCCACCCACCGCGGCUUCGCCUACGUGCUGCCGCAGCCGGCCGAGGGCGAGGGGCCGCCGCCGGGGGGGCCCGCGCUGCCCGUGUCGGUGCCCGUGCUCUGCCUGCCGCCGCCGGGCGAGGGUGAGGAGGAGCCGGGGCGGCCCAAGAAGCGGGCGCACAGCCUCAACCGCUACGCCGUCUCCGACAGCGAGCAGGAGCGGGACGAGCUGCUGGUGCCGGACGCGGGGCCCUACGCCACGGUGCAGCGCCGCGUGGGCCGCAGCCACUCGGUGCGGGCCCCCCCGGGCGCCGACAAGAACGUCAACCGCAGCCAGUCCUUCGCCGUGCGCCCCAAGAAGAAGGGGCCGCCGCCGCCGCCGCCCAAGCGCUCCAGCUCCGCCAUGUCCAGCGCCAGCAUGGCCGAGGACUUCCCCAAGGAGGGCGAGGGCGAGGCGGCGGCCGGCCCCGCCGGCGAGGACGACGAGGCCCGGCGGAGCUACCGGGAGCAGCGGCGGGCCAGCGACUUGGGGGGCAGCGUGGACACGGGCAGCGCGGGCAGCGUGAAGAGCAUCGCCGCCAUGCUGGAGAUGUCCUCCAUCGGCGGCGGCGCCCGGGCCCUGGCCUUGCAGAAGCCGCACGGGGCUGGCGGGCCGGGGCCGGCCAAGGGGCCCAACGGCUACUACCUGCAGCCGGGGCCGCCGCCGGGCAGCCCCGAGCGGGCCCGCGUGGCCACCGUCCUGGCCACGGUCAAGCACAAGGAGGCCAUCGGGCUGGACGGGGAGGUGGUCAACCGGCGCCGGACCAUCAGCGGCCCCGUCACCGGGCUCGUGGCGGCGGCCCGCCGGGAGCGCUCCGACAGCGUCAAGUCGGACACGGGGGCGGAGGGCCCGGCGGAGCGGCCGCGGGCCGAGCGCGGGGGCUCGCCGCGCGACGGCUCCUCGGAGGGCCUGCCCUUCGCCGAGGAGGGUGCCCUCACCAUCAAGCCGCGGCCGCGGCCCCUGGGGCCGGCCCGGCCGGAGGCGGGCGAGGGGCUGCCGCCCGGCCACCGCCACGGCGACCUGGCCAAGGUGGAGGCCAGCGCCACGCUCAAGCGGCGCAUCCGGGCCAAGCAGAGCCAGCAGGACAGCGUCCGCUUCAUCCUCACCGAGUCGGACACCGUCAAGCGCCGGCCCAAGGCCAAGGACAAGGAGCCGGCGCUGGAGCCCUCCCCGCUCGCCGUCUACCAGAACGGCACCGGCACCAUCAAGCGGCGGCCGGGGGCUGAGCCCGGCGCGGCCGAGCCGCCGCCGACCCCGCCGCCCGCCGACGGCCCCGAGCUCGCCCCGCCGCCCGCCGCCGAGCCCAAGAGGCCCUUCAAGCCGCCCGUGUCGCCCAAGCCGGUGCUGACGCAGCCGGCGCCGAAAGCCCCCGGGCCGCCGGCCCCCAAGAAGGCGCCGGGCCCCGGCAGCCCAGAGGUGAAGCGGGCCCACGGCACGCCGCCCCCCGUGUCCCCCAAGCCGGUGCCGCCCCCCACGGCGCCCAAGCCCCCCAAGCCCCACGCCGCCAUCCAGUCGGUGAGCGCCGGCUCCACGCCGUCCCCGUCGCCCGCCAAGCAGCUGGGCGCCGCCGCCAAGCCCUCGAGCACGCCGCCCUCGCUCUGCUCCAGCCCCGCCAAGCCCCUCUCGCCCGGCGGGCCGCCCCAGCAGGUGCCGGUGAAGCCGCCGCGCUCCGCCAUCGCCGGCCCCUCCGUCGACGCCGCCAGCUCCGAGAUGGCGCACCAGAAGCUGGAGGAGACCAGCGCCUCCCUGGCCGCCGCGCUGCAGGCCGUGGAGGAGAAGAUCAAGCAGGAGGACGGCCAGGCGGCAGACUCCGCCGGGGAGUCGAAGAGCACCGUGAGCAUCCUGGACGACAUCGGCAGCAUGUUCGACGACCUGGCGGACCAGCUGGACGCCAUGCUGGAGUGAGGGGCGGCGGGCCCCGGCCAACCUCAGGGCUCACGUGGGCACAGGGGCACAGCGCCGCGCGGCCCCGGCCCCGCCGUCCCCGCUGUACAGCCCGUCCCCUCCGCACCUCCCGUCCCUCGGGGUUUGCACAAAGAAGAAGAUACCUCAGGAUUGUGCUCACGGGCUCGGCGCCCGCCAAGCCUCCGGCAGGACUCCACUUUGCAGAAGCAAAAAACAAACAAACAAAAAAAGCAGCAGAAGAAACAAAGCAACACGAUCCAGACCGCACCGCCCUCCUCGUCACCGGGUUUUGGGGGGGGGGUCUGGGUUUUCUUUUUGUCUCUACCUACCUGCCACGUGGGCUGCGGGCCGAGCCGUCCCGGCGGUGCUGUCCCCGUGCAGCCGUCCCGGUGUUGCUGUCCCGGUGCAGCCGUCCCGGCGGUGCCAUCCCGGUACAGCUGUCCCGCUGCAGCCGUCCCGGUGUUGCUGUCCCGGUGCAGCGGUCCCGGCGGUGCCGUCCCGGUGCAGCCAUCCCGGCCUGGCCAUCCCGUCCCGUCCCAUCCCGUCCCGGUGCAGCGCGGCGCCGGGGCCGGGGCGGCCGGUGGCCCCCAUGUAGCACAACGCGGCCCCGCUCCCCUCCCGGCCACGGUGCAGCUGGGCUGGUGGCGAGGCCGGCUGCGCAAAUGGACUUCCGUUUCUUUCUUUUUCUUUCUUUUUUAACUAUUCUUUUUCUUUCGUUGGCUGUUGCUGGCGUGAGCACGGCGGGCGGGGGGCUGCUCGGCGGUGCGGGACCCGCUGCGGCGCGCCCGGCCCCGGCCCGGCGUUGGUGCUCGCUCCUUGGCGUCUCCGCUUUGGGGACGGGGCGGGUGUUUUUGGUUGUUUCGGUUGCAAAUCGGCAGCAGAAGUCCUGUUCCUGGGGCGCGGGGCAGGCAGGGGCAGCGGCUGCGGCCCGGCGCCCACCCCGCUCGCUGCCCCCGCCCCGGCGGGGAAAGGACAGUAAUAAGCUAUAAAGAAGUAUUAAUUUAUUGGAGGGGAAGAAAAACAAAAAAAAGAUAUAAAACAGAUUUCCCCCACCCCCAAAAAUAAUAAAAAAUAAACUUUAACAAAUAUAUAUUUAAAAGAUUUAAAAAUAUUAGCAAUUAUAUAUAAAGCAGUUUAAAAAAAUCAAGAGAAACUGGAUUUUAGCUUGAGAAAACCUAUUAGAUUAUACUAAGCUGUGUGUCUUGUGGCAAACUCAUUCUAAGAGUAGCACAACUAUAUACCUUUUCUCUCGUUGGAAGGUACGUGCAAACAGUUCUGUUUGGGUUUUUCUGUUCGGAUUCAGUGUAACUUCUUUAUUUUUACACAGUUAAGAACACAAAGGAUGUGCCUUGUUUUAUGGAGGUUUUUGUUAACUCUUUUACUGAAGGUGUUUCCUUUCUUUUGGCGUGUCUUCGGGUUUUGAUUUCUCUUUCUCCUGGCGUUUGUUUCGUGCGUGCGUGUGUGCGCGUGUCCGUGUGUGUGCGCCCGCGUGCGUGGGCCGUGCGCCGGGGGGGCUCCGGGCCGCACGGCUGUACAUUCAUGUAUAAACUGGAGUUGGCGUCUGGUUCAGUCGCUUGAGUUCUGACGAAUGCAGCUCUUUGCUUGUGGUUCCAAGACAAAGUGUUGGUGUACUUUUCUUUUCCUGAGACGUACAGACCGGUCUCGCGCUCUCUCUCUCUCUCUCUCCCGUUGUGUUCGCUGAUCCAGAUGUGUUUGGCACAACUUUGAAAUUUCUUUAAAAAAAAAAAAAAAGACUUUAAAAAUAACAAAAAAAAAAUCACCCGCCUGAAAAUAUCUGUUCAAAAGAAAAAAAUAUGUAUCUUAAAAAAAAAAAUCCAUAAAGUUCUACAUGAUGGAUAUAUACAUAUAUAUUUUUUAUGAUUAAGUUAUGGACUCUGUAUUGUAUCCCAUCUGUCAAGCUAUGCAUCUUGGUGCUUUUCCCUGCUCUUCUGUGCUUAGGUUUCACCUCUACUCGUCUUAUUCUUCCUAUUCUGAAUAGUAGAUGGCUCGUGGUGCUGUGAAGAAGUUUGCUCCUAUACGAAGUCUGGCAACAAAUAUUUAAAGAAAAAUAAAAAAAAUAAAACCCC